UCGUACUCAUUCGGUAUCUUUAAUCUUCUACUAUUACUUUAGAUUUUUUCUUUUCCUUUUUUAAAUUAAUUUAGGGUUCACAAUUUCUCCGUAACCAAUCAAUCUCUUCAAAGCCUCCAAUAAGCUUUCAUCAAGCUUUACCCUCAUCUCUUCUCUCUCUCAGUUCAGUUCUGCUCUGCUCCUCUCGAUUCAGCAUGUCAAACGAUCUGGUAUCUCAGCAAUUAUCAAUACCUGGUAACCAAAUGGCACCUAUGGAACCCAUUUCCAGCAAAUUGGAUGCACCAAUGUCCAUGGGAUUGAUGGGAUUUGGGACCAAUGAAUCUUUACAGCAGCAGAUACCUUCAAGUAUGCCAAUAGGACUGAUGGGAUAUGUGUCUACUGACCUUGGGUCGCAGUUAUCCUCAGUGUCAAACCAGCAAGGUGGACAUAUCGAAUCCCAAGCACAUACUCAGCUAUCACAGCAGUAUUUAAUGUCUAAUAAGACUGUUGGAGAAAUAAAUCCCACCAUGUUGGAUAGCAUGAGAGCACAUCAAUUACCAACUUUGAACAAGCGUAAGGCACCAAUGGAACCAAUUUCCCCUAAUUCUCUUCCACAGAAGUUAUCAUUGCUGAACAAACGAGUGGCACAUAUGGAACACAGGCCUUGGUUGCAACCAAUAUUUGCACUUAGUAAAAGAACUGUUCAGGUGCAGUCUGUUUCUAACUCCCCAGGAUCACAGCCUUCUCCAGCAUUGAAUAAGAAAUCAGUUCCAAAUAAAUCUGCGCUGGCUUCUAGGAAUCAGGCUGCACAGAUGCGGCCAUCACCAAAGUUUCAGACUGAGUCAUUUGAAUCUGUAAGGUCCAAGAUGCGGGAAUCUUUAGCUGGUGCCCUGGCCUUGGUUUCUCAGGAGCAAGGUGAAAAUGCAAUGGUGGAGAAGAACUCAAAUGGUGAAGCUGUAAGUUCUCCUGGGAAGGCAGAAGAGGGUUCUCACUCUGUUGAUUCUAAUUCUGGUAAUUCUGAUGCUGUGCGCUCUAUAUCUGCUGCACCUCAGGGGAUAUUGCUUUCCAAUCGUGAUGGUGCUGCUGUUGAAAAUAAUAGUGAUGCUAGACAAACUUUGCGAUGUGAUGAGCAGCAAUUUCAAUCGAGCAAUCUUUUACCUGAUGAGGAUGUUCCAUUUAGUGACAACAUUUUUGCAAGAGAUGAACUUUUGCAGGGAAAUGGCCUUUCUUGGGUAUUAGAACCUGAAGUAGAUGUGGCAAAGAAAAAGGAAAUUGAAACGGUUGGGAAACAAAACCCAAAUAAUGAAAAGGUGGGAAAAGAUGAUAUGGAACAAUCAUUACAGUCUCCGCAAGAGUUGGCAUAUCAAAUUGAAGCAGAACUCUUUAAAUUAUUUGGAGGUGUGAAUAAAAAGUAUAAGGAGAAGGGCAGGUCUCUAUUGUUUAACUUAAAGGACCGUAAUAACCCUGAACUUAGAGAAAGAGUGGUGUCUGGCAAAAUUCCCCCAGAACGACUAUGUUCUAUGAGUGCUGAGGAGCUAGCUUCUAAAGAGCUUUCAGAGUGGCGACAAGCAAAAGCAGAAGAGCUAGCUCAAAUGGUAGUUUUGCCGGAUAUAGAAGUUGAUAUUAGACGUCUAGUGAGGAAAACACAUAAGGGUGAGUUUCAAGUGGAGGUUGAACAAACUGACGGUGCUUCAGUGGAAGUUUCUGCUGGAACUUCAAUUACUCAGCGACCAAAAACUGAGGCAAAACAAGCUCCUACAGCUGUUAAAACUGGUGGAAAGAAAGAUGAGUCAGAUACUGCAGGUGAAAAGAGUAAUCUAGAGGACCCAAAUCUUACCAUUACCAUUUCUUCAGAUGAGGGACCUGAUCCAAUGCAAGGGUUGAUAGGAGAAGAUGAAUUGAAGGAUGCUGAUUUUCUUCCUCCUAUUGUUUCCCUUGAUGAGUUCAUGCAAUCUCUUGAUUCAGAGCCACCAUUUGAGAAUUUACCUGGUGAUGCUGGAAAAGCAGCACCGAUUUUUGAUGAGGAUGACUCGGAAGCUGGGUCUGACUCAAAGUCUUCUGGUCGAGCUUCACAAGAUCCUGUGGAUACAAUGCCUGAUAAAUCUGGAAGUAUUGAUGCAAGUAAUCUGAAAUCUGAUUCAGAUGUUAAGCCGAAUGACAUUCCUACAAAAACAGAAACUAUAGUUUCUGUAGCCACUUUGAAGGGUGAACAUGUCUGGGAAGGGAUGCUACAGCUAAAUAUCACAGCCACGACCUCUGUCAUUUGUACUUUUAAAAGUGGUGAAAAAACAUCUACAAAGGAUUGGCCUAGCUGUCUUGAAAUCAAAGGCAGAGUCAGACUUGAUGCGUUUGAGAAGUUCCUCCAAGAGCUACCUAAGUCUCGGAGUCGUACUGUUAUGGUGGUUCAUUUUGUUUGCAAGGAGGGAUCAACCGAGAGUGAGCGUGGGAGCCUGGUUGAGGCGGCUGAUUCAUAUACUUUGGAUGGGAGAGCGGGUUUUGUUGAGCCUGCCUCCGGAGCUGAACUUUAUCUUUGCGCACCGCAUGCAAAAACACUUGGAAUGCUCAGCAAGGUCCUCCCAAGGGACCAACUUGAGGCCCUUAAUGCUAUCGAUAAUGGUCUAAUUGGUGUUGUUGUAUGGAGAAGAGCUCAAUUAAUAUCACCCAACUCAACUUCACACCAUAAACACACCUCAAAAAGGCAACACUUCACUUCUAGGAGACAGCAAGAAAAGCAUAGUACUAACAUGAAUACUGAUUUCCCAUCAAAGCCUACUUUUUCUCAUGGUGGACCUCUCCAUUCCGAACCUCCUGAUGAUGAGGAGGACGAUGAUGUGCCACCGGGAUUUGGCCCUGCCACAUCCCGGGAUGAAGAUGACUUACCUGAGUUUAAUUUCUCUGGUGGCUCAAACCCAUCGGGGCCACGACUCCCUGCUGGGUUCCAAUCCCGGCGAGUAGGGAUGGCCUCUUCUCAUUUACACUCUCAAACAUCACCUCGCCCUGUUGAUCAAAUGAGGGAGCUCAUACAAAAGUACGGGCAACCAAAUACUAGUGCAACCCUCGGGGUUCCAAUGCAACAAUGGAAUGAUGAUGACGAUGAUGAUAUACCCGAAUGGCAGCCUCAAACAUCCCAAAAGCCGCAGCUGCAACACCCACCACCCCAAGUUAGUAGAUUUCAACAUCCAAUGCAUGCACCUCAGCAAUUACCUCACCAGGCAUUACAAACAAUGCAUGUUCAAGGUCAACAGAAUGCUACUCAGUCAUUGCAACAGGGAACUUGGAGGGUUCCUCCGCCUGGUUCCCAAGGCCAGCAAUUUGUUAAUGCAGCUCAAUUAUACGGGACAGCAGAAGGAACUGGGCAUCCUGCCUGGCGAAAGCAUGCUCCGAACAAUAGAGGCUUUUAGUUCCAUCUUUUGUAAAUCCAGCGUUUAUGUUGCUGUUUUGUUUAGUUUUCUUCUAUCUUUUGUAACCUUUGAUGAAUCUUUUCAUUUCGUAGCUUCUUCCUUUAAUUGAUGGUAGUUCUUGUUGAAGCAAACAUGACAGUUUGUCUUCAUCUACAAUCAUUUCCUCUAUUCUCAAA